AUGUCAACCGGUAUUUUUUUGCAUAUUUUUCCCCCUAACCCUAACCAAAACCUUAUUUUAGGUAUGGCUCAAUCACUUCGUAGUCAAUUUGCGACUGACAAACAAGUCCUUCAAAAGUUCUUGAACUUGGACCAAAAGGGCAAAUAUCAAGCUCUUUACAUCUGGAUCGAUGGAUCUGGUGAAAAUAUUCGUGCCAAGACCAGAACUUUUGACUUCGAGCCAACUGAUCCAGAAAGUAAGUGUGUUCUUUAUUUUGUACCCUUAAGCACGUGCAAAAGAUUAGCUGUUAUCAGUCACUCCACAUUGGGGCAAAGAAUAAAAUAAAAUGAAUUUCAGAGCUCCCAAUCUGGAAUUUCGACGGAUCCUCAACUGGACAAGCCGAAGGUGCUGACUCGGAUGUUUAUCUCAAGCCAGUCGCCAUCUAUCCAGAUCCAUUCAGGCAAGGAAAGAACAAGUUGGUGCUUUGUGAGACUUAUGACAACAAGAAGAAACCAACUGGUAAGAGUUCAAACGAAUCGAAAUACACUAUAUUAUGUUAUGCCAUUGAUAACAAAACAUUGACAAAGUGUUGGGUUGUCUUAUCAUAAGUAAACAAGUCACACGACCUUUCAUCUUUAUCAUUAAUGGCUGCGGAAAACGAUCAGAAUGUUUUCAAGCGAACAAAGAACAGUUUUUUGAAUUUAAAAAUAUUGUUUGCCGCGUGUUUCGUUAGAGCGCACAUUCUCUAUUCAGAAAUGUUUUUUUUUAUUUUUUUUCACAUUUCGAGUCAAUUUUCAGCCACCAACUACCGUCAAAGAUGCAAAGAGGUGAUGGAAAAAGCAUCUGGACAACAUCCAUGGUUCGGUAUGGAACAAGAAUACACUCUUCUCGACAUCGAUGGACAUCCAUUCGGUUGGCCAAAGAACGGAUUCCCAGGACCACAAGGACCAUACUAUUGUGGAGUUGGAGCCAACAAGGUUUACGGAAGAGACAUUGUUGAGGCUCACUAUCGUGCCUGCCUUUAUGCUGGAAUCACCAUCUCUGGAACCAACGCCGAAGUGAUGCCAGGACAAUGGGAAUUCCAAGUUGGACCAUGCGAAGGAAUCACAAUGGGUGACGAAUUGUGGGUGGCUCGCUAUUUGUUGCAACGUGUUGCUGAAGAAUUUGGAGUCAUCGCCUCAUUCGAUUGCAAACCAAUCAAGGGAGAUUGGAAUGGAGCUGGAUGUCACACCAAUUUCUCAACUGAAAAGAUGAGAAAUCCAGGGGGAAUUGAGUAUGUUUUCGUUUCUUUUCAUUAAAAAUAGCUAUAAUUUAUGCUAAUUUUUCGAAAUUUCCAGUGAAAUCAUGUCUGCUAUCAACAAAUUGUCAUUGGUUCAUCCACAACAUAUCGCCUAUUAUGAUCCACAUGGAGGAAAAGACAACGAACGUCGUUUAACUGGUCACCACGAGACUGCUAGCAUUGACAAGUUCUCAUAUGGUGUCGCUUCUCGCGCCUCAUCAAUCCGUAUUCCACGAUCAACUGACGAUGAUGGAUAUGGAUACUUCGAAGAUCGUCGUCCAUCAUCCAAUUGCGAUCCAUACACUGUUACCGGAGCUAUUGUUAGAACCGUUUGUUUGGAAGGAGCUGAACGCAAAUUGUCGAUGAUGUAUGUGCCAAGUCAACCACCAAACUUCAACAAAUAA